GAGCUAUAGCCUAUAGGUAUCAGCUGGGCCUUUCAUUUCACCUUUAUCAGGGUUUCUCUGUCGCGUUAGGGUUUACAGUUCACCGGCGGUAAGAAAUGGAUCUUUCGAAGAAGAGAAAAAUGGAGGAGAACGGCCAAUACACCACCGAUGUCACAAACGACGUCGCGACUCCGCCGUUAUUCUCCUCUAUAACUCUCACUCCACAGGAUGCGCGGAAGAUCUUGGAAUCCUUCACUAAGGAACAGCUCCUCGACGUUUUACAAACUGCCGUCGUACGCGACGUUGCCGUUCUAGACGCCGUUCGUUCGGUAGCAGACUCCGAUCCUACCCAACGUAAACUUUUCAUCCGCGGUAUCGGUUGGGAAACAACCACGGAUAAGCUUCGAUCGACCUUUUCGGCUUUUGGGGAACUUGAAGAGGCUAUCGUAAUAACUGAUAAAAAUACUGGAAAAUCGAAAGGUUAUGGAUUUGUUACUUUUAAACAUAUAGACGGCGCGGUUUUGGCUCUGAAAACACCAAGUAAGAAGAUCGAUGGUAGAAUUACGGUUGCGCAGUUAGCGGCGUCUAGGGAUUCAGCUAAUGUUGAUGUGUCAACGAGGAAGGUGUACGUUGGCAAUGUCCCGUUUGAGAUAUCAUCGGAGAGAUUACUGAGUCAUUUUUCAUCAUAUGGGGAGAUAGAAGAAGGACCGUUAGGGUUCGAUAAACAGUCAGGGAAGCAAAAGGGUUUUGCUUUUUUUGUUUAUAAAACUGAGGAAGGGGCGAGGAAUUCACUUGUGGAUUCAAUCAAGAACAUUGAUGGGCACCAGGUUAUGUGUAAAAUGGCUACUGAUGGGAGGAAGGGGAAAGUAAGUGGUCCACAAGUGUCUAAUGGGAGACCUGUUGAUUCCGCUCGAUCAAUGCCAGGUUCCAUGAACGCCGGCUAUGGUAUGCCAGGUGGGAUAACAUCGUAUGGUGGGUACUCCAGUGGACCUCCAUUGCCUCAUCAAAAUCCGCAACUGAAUUCUUCAAUGCCUUCGUCAAUGAGCAGUGGUCCAGGUUAUGGGAGUCAAGGGCCACCCUCAUAUGGCGGUGGUGGUGGGUAUGCUGGUGGUGGAUACGGUAGUGGUGGUGGCUCACAUUAUGGUGGUGAUACAGCCCUGGAUCAUCCUGGGCUUAACAAUUAUCCAUCUUCUAUGAACAGAUUGCCCCCAUCUCAGGGUGGAUACAGUGAUGGUGGAAGUUAUGGUUCUUCAGCUUACUCAACACAACCUAACCUUCCACCUGGUGGUCCGAGAGUCCCUCAUGGUGGGAUGUACCAGAGUGGCCCACCAUAUUAUUGAGGUUAUAGGUUAUACUCCAUUUGACAAAAAUUGCAAUCUUUUGUAUCACCCAAAAAAGUUGGGGCAUGGAUUUGCUCUUGAUCUAUAGUGAGUGCAAAAGACGAGAAUGCCCUUUGCAUCUUCAUCAUUGAAAAUAGCCCUAAAAAGCUUGUCUGUUUUGGUCCCUUCCUGUAACAAACGCUGCACAAAAGAUUAGAUAGAGAACUUUGAGGUAUCAUGGAUCAAGAAUAUCUGAUUCCUUUGGUUUAGUUCCAAUUGAGCUACUGUGUUUCCAAGAAUUAGAUAAAGACACUCAUUUCUGCUCUAUGUCGGAAUCGGAAUUGGAAAUGGAAAUGGGGAAUUGAAGUUUUGGAAUUUUGUUUUGAUGUUCACCAAACCAAAGUUAACAUUGGUUGCUCAAAGUAGAAAUUGGAAAAAAGGGAACAAAAAGUUUAAAGCUUAUGGUCGAAUAUCCUUUGUAGAUUUUUGUUUGAUGUUAGUUGUACAUAUAGUUUUGAUACCCUUGCAUAUGGGUCAGAAUCGAAUAAUGAAAUAAUUUGAGAGAGGAAAAACAUGUGCAAUUGUCGAUACAAAUAUUUUAUCUUGACACAAAGACGUG